ACGCCCCCUACCGGACGAGGCCAAUGGAAGCGCAGGAAGAAAGGGGCGUGGCCAGCGCGGGCGCGGCCAAUGGGAACACGCGAUGGCGGCGGCCGUGAAGGAUCGGGAGGCGCUGCAGCGGCUCAGCUUCCUCUUCCAGGCUGCACACUGGGUGCUGCCGCACAGCCCCGCUCUCGCCCGUUUCUACUCCUUCACCCAGCGCGGGGCCGCCCGACGCCUCGUCCUGCGCCUGGCCCCCUCGGUGAAGCGCAUGGUGUGCCGUCGCUGCUGCUCCCUCCUGCUGCCUGGGGAGGGAGGUGGCCAGAGGCUGCGCGGGAGGGGGCAGCCACGCACGGUUCUGCGGUGCCGGACCUGCGGCCGCUGCCGCCGCUUCCUCUGCCACGGGCAGAACUGGGACGGCCCCGUCCUCGAGAGCAGACCCACAUGAAAUCCACCCGGCAACAUCAGCACAGCGUCCAAUUGGUCCCUCCCACUGCAGAAAUAAACUCAUCUUAUUCCAUACAUAGUGCGCCGUGGGCGGGGCUUAACAGGCGGCAGUUUGUCGGAGGGGGCGUGGCCUC